UGUGUGUGCUGGCAGUGGCGGAGGUGAGGAGCUGCUGCUGCUGCUGCUCACUCUGCUCCGCUCUGGGAAAAAGCGGCCGACGGAUUAUCCAGCUCGGUAACGUUAGCUCGCCCGGCUAACGGUCAAGACAGCAACCGAGGGAAGAGCCAUGAAAAGCCGAUGGAGCCAGUGAAAGUUAGUCGCGGCUUACUUCGGGACUUUAAUGUACGGAUAUAAACAAAAAAGGAGGUUCGCGGAACAUGCCGUCGCCCCCAACGGGAACUUUUCUCUAGAAUUUCCACUUGGGAAAGGCUAGCUUAGGGGCUAGCGAGGCUACAAACUAUUUUUAAUUGGCUUUGGGCUCAAUGGCUCUCGCUUGUUUUUCCCUGUCAUAGCGACAGCUUGGGGGGAAUUCAAUCAGGGGAGAGGCCCUGUGAACUUCAUGACAAACCAAAGCCCGGCUUUGAAGCGUAACUUCGGAAGGAUAGACUGGCAAGGGACCGAAAAUGAAGAAGCAGUUCAAUCGGAUGAAACAGCUCGCCAAUCAAACAGUCGGCAGAGCGGAGAAAACAGAAGUCCUCAGCGAUGACCUCUUACAGAUUGAACGGCGCAUGGAGUUGGUGCGUGUGGUGUCCCACAACACACACAAGAGGAUGGUGUCAUGUCUACAGGGACACAUCGGUGCAGAAGCAGAGAAGAGACAUAAAAAGCUUCCUCUGACUUCACUAUCCCAGGCGAUGGUCGAAGGCGGCAACCAGUUGGGAGAAGACUCCUUAAUAGGGAAGAUGAUGGAAGUGUGUGGUGAGGCAGAGAAUCGUCUGGCAUCAGAACUGAUGCAACAUGAGCUGCAGAUGGAGAAGGACGUUCUGGAUCCCCUCAGCCAACUAGCAGAGGUGGACAUUCCCAACAUCCUGAAGCAGAGGAAACAGCUGGCCAAAUUGGUGCUGGACUAUGAUUCUGCCAGAGCAAGAUGGUUGCAGGCAACCAAGUCAAUAAUCUCAGGAACAAACACUCAAGCACUGACGGCCAAGGCUGACUUACUCAAGGAGGAGAUGGAUGAGGCCAUGAACAAAGUGGAGCUUUGCAAGGAUCAACUUGCUGCAGACAUGUACAGUUUUUUCUCAAAAGAAGGGGACUAUGCCCGCUACUUUGUAACACUCUUAGAAGCUCAAGCUGAUUACCACAGAAAGUCUCUCACUGUUCUGGAGAAUGUCUUGCCAACCAUCCAGGCACAGCAAGACUCGUGGACAGAGAAGCCUGCAUUUGGCACUGGGCUGGAUGAACACCUGAAAAGGAGCGGGAGGGAGAUCGCCCUGCCAUUAGAGGCCUGUGUCAUGAUGCUUCUAGAGACCGGCAUGAAGGAAGAGGGCCUAUUCAGAAUCACAGCAGGGGCCUCCAAGCUAAAGAAGCUAAAAGCAGCGCUGGAUUGUUCCACGUCACAACUGGAGGAGUUCUACUCUGACCCCCACGCUGUCGCUGGAGCACUGAAGUCCUACCUGAGGGAACUCCCUGAGCCUCUAAUGUCUUUUCAGCUUUACGAUGAAUGGAUCCAGGCAUCCAGUGUGUCAGACCCAGACAAGAGGCUCCAGGCACUCUGGGUUGUAUGUGAUAAGCUACCAAAGAACAACAAAACCAACCUGAGGUAUCUGGUGAAGUUUCUAUCCAAACUAGUUCAGGACAGCGAGGUGAACAAAAUGACUCCGAGCAACAUCGCCAUCGUCCUGGGACCCAAUCUGCUGUGGGCCAAAACCGAGGGGAGUCUGGCUGAGAUGGCUGCAGCUACCUCUGUACACGUGGUGGCCAUCAUGGAGCCCAUCAUCCAGCAUGCUGACUGGUUCUUUCCCGAGGAGGUGGAGUUUAAUGUGUCCGGCAUGUUUGCGAUGCCUACACCUGCAUCCAACCACAACAAUCACCUAGACUACGACUGUGGAACCAUUGAGAGGAAGAGGCCUGGCAGUAUGGUGGGACCAGAGAACGACCCGACGCGCAAAGACAACACCCCUAACAAGCACUCGGACCACACCCUCCGUAGAGGCAGUAACACCUUAGGUAGAAAGCAGCACACUUCACCUGCCUUCCAGCCUCCUUUACCCCCUGUGGAGGCUCCAGGGCAGGGGCACGGGGCUGGGCAGGUCCCCCAGCUCUCGGCUGAGCCCCAGCCCCAGCCACAAGCUCCAUCAGGGGGUUCAGGGCCUGAAGCUUCCCAGCAUAGCUUGGCGCAGGGUCUGGCUGCUCUCGCAGCCGCUCAGCAGCUUCUAGCCCAGCACACAGAGGAGCUCAGCAACCCAAAGCUACGUGACUCCACACCUGCCCAGACCCCUCUGCUCCAGAGGAAUGGCUCUGGUGGAGGGGGCCAGGCUGCAGGGCAGCUGGGCACUGGGAGUUCCGGGGGUGGAUCCAUGGGGCCCAGUCCACAUAUGAUGCGCAGAGGUACCAAGAAGCAGGCUCCGGCCCCUCCCAAACCGACAAACCCUCCACCCAGCCAGCCCUGUAACUCAGUGAACAACGCCUCCUCAUCAGGCUCAUCCCAGUCCCUCAGCCCCACUCCCAGACCCCUGUCCAGCCACUCGCCCGCCUCGCCCGCCUCGCCCACCUCCCCCACCUCGCAGCCAUGUGCCACGCCCAGACGCCACUCCAGCAACCAGCCCCCGAUCCAGGCGCCCAGCCACCCACCCCCGGAGCCCCCGACACAGGCCAGCCCUCCGACGCAGCCGGCAUCCCACGGCCACUCCGGCGGCGACCAGCGGAGCGCAGACCCCUCACCCCCAAGCACCCCAACCCCUCCGGACACCCCUCCGCCAUCCACCGCCACCCAAGAUGUAGUCGCUCCUCCGUCCCCGUCGCCCUACCUGUCGGGCUCCCUUCCGCGGCAGCGCCAGUCCCAAAACCCCGGAACGACCCACGCGUUCCCGCCACCGCCACCAGCCCACCAACGCCGGCCAGUGAUACCAAGGGAUAUGUGCCACUGCUUACAAGAUGAUGGACCCGGCGAUGUCUUUCAAAGGGCUGAGUCGAGCUUUGGUCCCUGAGUUCGCUGUAGACCAGCAGCCAGUGACGGCCUCCCCCUCCUCCCUGCCUCCUCCCAAAGACUAUGACCUGGACACCGAGAGCACUGUCCUAUAAGGAGGAGACGACGACGCCCUCUGGUCCAGUACCCCCCCCACACACGCAUCUCCUCCCGUCAUUCAAACACCUCGUUUAGUCUGCUCGUGUUUUUCGUCCUGCAGCCCGCCUCAGAGAAUAAAACCUCUGCUGUCAUCUUCUCCCAGUCCAGCCUGUAUGAAGGACUUCAAUGUGACAUAACGCACCUUCUGGCAGCCAUGAUGGAGGUCCACCGCUCUUGGUAAACAAUGGCUGUGAUAGUAGACUGCGUUUGCAACAAAAUUGACUCGACAAAGUUAACACGUGUUGCUCAUUUCCCCAAUUGCACGAUUUAAUUCUCAGCAUUUAAACCGAGAUACAAACGUAUUUGAUCGGCUCAACCUUUUCUUGUUGUACACUCUUUCAAUCACAUGCCAUUUGCUAGCAGCUACUACAGUUAGUUGGAUUCCAAAGUCAAAUAAACAUCAAUAUUUUAGGUUAUCUUUAUAUCGUAUAUAUAAGAUGACCUGUAAUAUGUCAUAGUUAGAGCUGAAAGUCCAGUAAUCAUAAUCAGGAAGUUGAAUUUGUAAACCUGGCAUUUUUCACUUUUUUGGACAUUUUAUUGACAAAUUGAUUAAUUGAGUAAAGAAUCACCGUAUUGGACCAUUUCCUUUGACUCAUAGUGAAUGUAAACUGACCUUCAGCCCCACCGCCACAGUCUUCUUCAGGUGUCUCUCACUCUGUCUAGCUGUUAUCAGCCAUUAUUUACUCACAGAGAGUCCUCUUGACCUCCAUGAUGGCGCCACAUGUGGUCAUGAGGAGACUUGUGACACAAAGCCUCUACACUGCAACACACACACACACACACACACAAACACCACACACACACAACACCACACACACC